AUGUCUGGUCUCGAAGCUAUCGCAAUUCUGGGAUUUGCCCUUCAAGUCGUCGAUACUACCGUCAGGGUCAUUGAUCUAUGGAAGGCGACAAAUGAAGUCGGACAGGAAGUCAUCAUAAUAAAAGCCAGACUCGACAUGAUUCGCGCCCGUCUCAAGACCUGGUCAAUCGGCUGGGGGCGACUGACGGAAGAUGACCUCAAGAAGAGUCCACGCUUCAAUGAAUUCGGAAUUCUGGCUCUGAGAUAUGUCUUGAUAAUCCAGUAUCGUCUCACGGCACUAGAGGAUUUUGACAAAAAAUAUCCCUCGUUGUUUCGAAAUGAUCGCGUUCUAGAGGGACAGCCUCGCUCAGCUGACCGCGGCCUUCAACUUGCUUUAAUUGCUCAAACGGAUAAGCCGAAAGCUAGAGAUCUGGAGCUGCUCCAGGAGGAGGUAUCUUCUAUAAACCAUGCCAACAUAAUUCAGCGAUGGAGAUGGGCGCGGAAGGGGGGAGAGGGUAUGAAGAUGACAGACCAAAUUGCCAUUACUGAGCAUUAUGCGUUCCCCCAAGACAUGUGUCGCAUAACUCCGUCUUAG